AUGUACAAAGGCUCCAAGGCUGGCAUGGGCUCCCAUCCCCAGCUCCCACCUGUGGAUGUGAUGGCAGCUCCUGCUGUGUCCUGGUGUCUGUCCCUCCUUGUCUUCCUGUUGCCCCUGGCCAUCCCUUGGGCAUCUACACUGGUGAACGGACUGAAUACCUCCUCACCUGGUAGGUGCAGGAGUGGCGGCCAAACCCCAGAGGGCCAUGGGCACCCUGCAGCCAGCCAUGUACGUCUCGUCUUGCCAGCAGGCGCUUCCAAGCUCACGUGCUUCUACAACUCGAGGGCCAACGUCUCCUGUGUCUGGAGCCGGGAUGGGGACCUGCAGGCCACGACCUGCCACCUCCAUGCCCAGCCGGAUAAAAGGUGGUGGAACAAAUCCUGCGAGCUUCUUCCAGUGAAGCCGGGAUCCUGGGCGUGUAACCUGAUCCUAGGACCUCCAGAUUCUCAGAAACUGACCAUAGUUGACAUCAUCAGCUUGACCGUGAUGUGCUGCGAAGGGGAGAGGUGGAGGAGGAUGAUGACCCAGGACUUCAAGCCCUUUGAGUACAUUCGUCUGAUGCCCCCUCACUCCCUCCAAGUCGUCCACAUAGGGACCCACAGAUGCAACAUAACCUGGAACGUCUCCCAGUUCUCCCACUACAUUCAAAGCAAUGUGGAGUUUGAGGCCCGGACAAGGUCCCCAGGCCACAGCUGGGAGGACGCCCCGCUGCUGACUCUCAGGCAGAACCAGCAAUGGAUCUCCCUGGAGACACUGGCUCCAGACACCCUGUAUGAACUUCAGGUGCGGGCCAGGCCCCAGCUAGGCAACCAUGAGGCCUGGAGCCCUUGGAGCCAGCCCCUGGCCUUCAGGACAAGGCCUACAGCAACCAGGAAGAAGACCCUGCCCUUUCCUUGGUCGGGCAACAUCAUCUUGGGCCUCGGUGGUGCCUUUGCGUUUGUUCUCUUGGUUUACUUUCUGGCCAACUUUCGGUACAUCGGGCCGUGGCUGAAGAAGGUUCUGAAGUGUCACAUCCCAGACCCCUCGGAGUUCUUUUCCCAGCUGAGCUCCGAGCAUGGAGGAGAUUUCCAGAAGUGGCUCUCCUCGCCCUUCCCCUCAUCCUCCUUCAGCCCCAGUGGCCCAGCGCCCGAGAUCUCCCCACUGGAGGUGCUGGACAGGGACACCAAGGCCACGCAGCUGCUCCUGCUGCAGCAGCAGGACAAGGGCUCGUCGUCCUCAACCGAGACCAGCGGCCACUCGGUGACCAGCUGCUUCACCAACCAGGGCUACUUCUUCUUCCACCUCCCAGACGCCCUGGAGAUCGAGGCCUGCCAGGUGUACUUCGCCUAUGACCCCUUCACGGAGCAGCCUGAGGAGGGUGGGCCUGGGGCGCCCGAGGGGGCUCUCCUCCCACCUCUGCCACCUCUGCCAGGGGAGGACGAUGCCUACUGCACCUUCCCCCCCGGGGACGACCUGCUGCUCUUCUCCCCCAGUCUCUUCGGUGGCCCAGGCCCCCCGAACACUGCCCUGGGGGGCACUGGGGCUGGUGAAGGGAGGCUGCCCCCUGCCCCGCAGGAGGGAGUUCCUGGAAACUGGGCCCCCCAGCCCCUGGGACCUCCCCCCCAGGAAGCCCCUGACCUGGUGGAUUUGCAGUCACCCCUGGAGCAGGCUCCAGGAGAAGCAGGAGAGGAAGUGCCUGUCCUGAGCCCGAGGGAGAGGGCCGGCUUCCCCUGGGCCAGCCCUCCUGGGCAAGGCCAGAUCAGGGCCCCCAUCUCCUGCCUGAACACCGAUGCCUACCUGUCCCUCCAAGAGCUCCAGGAUCAGGACCCGGCUUACUCGGUGUAGACAGACGGCCAGGGCUGGGAGGCAGGUGGCCGUCCACUGUGGAGCUAGGCCCAGCUGAGGACUCUCUGUCUGUGAGGCUCGUCUGCUGCUGAUACUCGGUGUUAGCUGCCCCUGGUCAUCUCUGGCCAGAGGGCCCUCACUCAGCCCCGCACACUUACCUGUUCACCUCCAAACUUCAGUUGCUGCUCUCUGGUCCUAAGGCGCUAGCCAAGAACUUCGGGGGGAGAGGCACUUUGACUCCCCCCACUCCCUCGUCCAUCGUGGGGUCCUGUGGGUUUUGCCUCUGAAGCAUCCUUCCUCCCCAGCCCUGAAGCUACUCUUCAGGGAGAUUUCGUGGUUCUCCAGGGGUCUUUACCCUGGGCUCCUCGCAGGGCUUCCUGGCCCAGUCACACCCCCUCCCACCCACUCACCACAGGAAAACCAGAAUGCUCUUUCCAAAACACAAACAGGGCGCUGCUGCUCCCAGUGUAAAACUCUGCCGUGGCUCCCCACUGCCCUCAGCACCACUUCUUGGCCUGCCCCUUGCCCCUCCAGCAUCGUGUAGGGACAUUCCCUUCUGGAACCCUCCCAAGAGUGCUACUGAGCCACCUGGAGCACCUUCAUUCCCUGACACCUUCACACAUGCAAUUCCCUGUGCCCGGGGUGCCCGCGCCUCCCUCAUCCAGGUGACAAGCUCCCUUUAUCCUUCAAGUGUCAGUUCCGCUUCCUUUGGAGGGAAGCACCGCCUCCUUUAAUGUGCCCAAACUUUGAGAUUCGGUGCUGGAGGGACAGGCUCUCAGGGUCACAGGAUGGCUGGACAAAGUGGCCCUGUGACUUCCCCUUUGGGAUCUCUCGUGACCUUGGAAUGCUUGGCUACAGCAUCCCUAACGCUGUGGCCCCAGUAUGGACACAGGUGUCCCAGCAAAGUGGACACUGGCUGGAUCUUUCCACAAUGGCUUCACAGAUUCAUAAGGCAUUACUGGAAAGUAAACCCCUCCUAGUGGCAGGUCCUGAUGCUGUCACAGGGAGCCAUCCUUUGGGCGCCUCCUGCUCCACCCUCCACUGGAGGGGUUUUUUCUGCAGCUCAGGGGCUGGCACACUGCCUCCAGAUGGCAGCUCCAUUCACUGCACUUGACACAGUGCACGUGGCACCCCGUCAUAUUCCGUGGGUGAAUUAAUGAACUAUCUGGCAUCCCCUUGCCUGGGCUCCCUGUGCCCAGCUGCCUUCAGGAGGGGGGUACCAUCCACCUCACAGGAGUACCCCUGGGGCCUUGACCUUUCUGAGGGUCAAGGCCUGGAGAGGCGGCAAUCCAGGCCCAUUAGGUUCCAGCACGCCCGCUCCAGCUAGAGGCUCGUCCCCUCACAUGGCGAUCCUCCCCCACCACACACCGCUAGCCCCUUCCUUCUCGGUGCUCCCCACCACUCGUCCACUUCUCUUCCCUCUGUCCCUGGCACUUUUCACACUAGUGAUGCCUAUAACAACCUUCCUUCUUGAUUACAACUCCUGGGAAGACAGGGACCGCAACAGGUCCCAGCUAACUCCAAGGUGUGAAAGCACCGGUGCCUGCGUUUAUAGGCCCUGCUUGCAGCUGAUUGGACACCUGACACAAGUCCACCCAUAGGUUCAUCAGUAGCCUAUGAGAUGGCUUAGAACAGAAUAGCUGUCCAAUCAGGGAGGCUGGGCCUGAGCUGGCCAAUCAGGUUUCUCUCAGUCUUGACUAUUUGAAUACAGGACCUGGAGGGAGGUCCCUGAGGAGCAGGUGCACGUGGAGAAGGGCCCCCCAAAGGCUACAGAGCAGUUAGCAAGGGCGCCUGGGCUCCUAGCACUGAUACCCCUGCUCCCCAGGGGGCUACUUCCUGUUUCUUUUAUGGCUGAAAUAAACUCCCCUUUCCUGAGGUUGUCUGAGUCUUGGAUCCUUACCAUGGAAUAGCUUAAUUACCAGGCCAUCUCACUUCCCACCUCCUGCCAUAGGAUGCUGUGUGUUCUGGGCCAUGAGUCUCCUCAGUCCUGAGGAGAGCAUCAGACCCAAGCUCAGUGCCCACAGCUUUGCUCUGUGUCCUGGGGCAAACUAGGAAAUCUCUCUGCAAGGGAAUUUCCACUUUGCAGAAUUCUUGGGAGGGUUACCUUUCUCAGCCCUUGGUCAUUGUGUAAGAUAUAUGUAUCUCUCUCACACGUGUGUGUGUGUGUGUGUGUGUGUGUGUGUAUACAUAUAUACAGUUUAAAUGAUCUGUGUGUAUCAUCUUUGUUAUGUUUACCUAAUAUUUUUCUUUAAAUCAACUCACUUUUUUGUUUAAAUACUUUUAUUUAAAGAAAAAUCUUUGUAUUG